AUGGAUUGUAUUGAAAAUGAGGAGUCAAUGCUGUUGAGACACAAACGGGAAUCUAAAGAGCUCACUGGCCGAAUUACCGGUAUGAAGAAACAGGCUAACAAAAAUACACGUAAAACAGUCCUUAAGGAAAUUAAAGAAUUAGAAGAAAGUCUUAAAAGAAAACACGAAGAAGAAUUGAAGGCCUUUAAAGCUGGCGCUGGUCAAGUUUUGGAAAACCAAGGUGUACCGGAGGGAAAAGAAGAGGAUAGUGAUGAAGAACUAACGCCAGAAAAAUUGCUUGCCCAGCUAGAGUUAGCUUCUAAAGAGGACCCCCCCAAGCCAGCACAAACAUCAGCCAUCUCCAACGGUGGAAAGACGAAAAAGAAAAACAGACAGAAGGAAAGAUUGGCUAAAAGAGAAGCAGAAAUCAAACGAAUACAGGAUGAAGCUAGGAAAGAGCAAGAUAAGCAACCUGAUUUGCGUGGAAUUGAACUGAGAAACUUACAGGAACUGUGUGAUAUGCAAAGUGUCAAACAGGUUGAAAUUAUUCCUGACGGCCAUUGCUUAUUCUCAUCCAUUGCUGAUCAGCUAAAAGUACGUCAUGGCAUCAAAGCAACAGUUCAACAGUUACGUAAAGAGGCAGGUGAUUAUAUAAUAGCUAACUCAGAUGAUUUUAUUCCUUUCUUAUUUGAUGAAGAAACCAUGACAAUGAAAAACAUUGAUGAUUAUGUUGAUCAAAUUGUUAAUACUGCCAUGUGGGGUGGCGAUUUAGAAAUUCUGGCAUUGUCUAAAGUUUAUGAUUGUCCAAUUUCCGUCAUGAUGAGCGGUAGAGCACCGUUGCGUAUGAAUGAACAAGGGUCUAAUCCAGAACUUAAGUUAGUAUAUUAUCAACACGCCUUUGGAUUAGGUGAACAUUAUAAUUCUUUACAUGAUCUAUAA